UACACGCACACACUCAGCCAUAUUUGUUUGGACUCAGGUGUGGAAAGCAUCUGGUUACCGGUGUGUGGGUAUUUACGUCUGCAGCCGAUAAUUGCAACGAUGAAAUCGUUGAUACGAAGACAAUCAACGAACCUCUUGUGCAUCCUAUUUGCAUGGCUGGUGAGUGUUGUCAAGACAGAGGUCCAGCCCCUCAAUGACGGCAAUGUCAACAGCAUUUUAGGCACACAUGAAAUAGUGUUCGUGAAUUUCUAUGCUGACUGGUGCCGAUUCAGUCAGAUGUUGACGCCUGUGUUUGAAGAAGCCUCUAACAAAGUGAGGGAGGCAUUUCCUAUGCCUGGCAGAGUUGUUUUUGGAAAAGUAGACUGUGAUCGUGAAACGAAUAUUGCUCAAUCAUAUAGAAUCAACAAAUAUCCAACUUUAAAACUUUUCCGUAAUGGUGAAGUUGUGAAGAAAGAAUAUAGGGGUCAGAGGUCAGCUGACUCACUUGCUCAGUUCAUCAAGGAUCAGUUGACCGACCCUGCAGAGGAGCACACAGACAUCGAAUCCUUGGAGGAACUAAAUAACAAAAAGAGGCAUGUGGUGGGUUAUUUCGAAGCUAAGAACUCUGACACAUACAAGACAUAUGCCAGAGUUGCAAGUUCCUUCAGAGAUGACUGCAAAUUUCAUGCACUGUUUGGCCCAGCAUCUGAGGCUGAGAGGACUGCUGGAGACCGUGUUGUGUUCAAACCACCUGGUACUGGCAAACAAGACAUGAUGUUCAUGGGAAGCCUGACCGAUUUUGAUAAUCUCAAAGUGUGGAUCCAGGACAAGUGUGUGCCCCUUGUCAGGGAGAUUACUUUUGAAAAUGCAGAGGAAUUAACAGAGGAGGGUUUACCAUUCCUGAUACUGUUCCAUAACCCUGAUGACCAUGGUGUGGUGGAAAAGUUUACUCAUGAAGUUUCUACACAGCUGUUGCAUGAGAAAGCAAAUGUUAAUUUCCUGACGGCUGAUGGGAGUAAAUUCACCCACCCUCUCCACCAUAUUGGCAAGACUCUGAGUGACCUGCCGGUCCUCGCCAUUGACAGUUUCAGGCACAUGUACAUCUUCCCCCAUGAUGUAACUAAGGAUUUAGAUAAGCCAGGCCUUCUUAAAAAGUUCAUUGAAGAUCUUCAUUCUGGGAAACUUCACCGAGAGUUUCACCAUGGGCCUGACCCCACAGAGGCUACACCAGCCCAGAUUGUUAAUGAGCAGCCUGGAGAUGCAAAACAUGUACCAAAGGAUACAGUUAGUGGUGGAGUACCACCUCUUAAAAAACCAACAUCGCCUCCGGAAUCAACAUUUAGAAAGCUUGCCCCCUCAAGCAACAGAUAUACUAUACUCAAAGAUGAGCUAUAGAUCAUAAAAAUCUCAUUCAAAAUGAAAAGCUGAUUUUAUAUGUCUGUAUGAAAGUGGAGUGAACCUGUUUGGGUGUAUAUAUUCUUCUGAAUGUGUAUGUACGAAUUGGGGAUUCAUAUUUAAUGAUUUAUGUGUCCCUCUGUACAGUGUUCACUGUGUUUCUGUUUAUCAUGUUGAUGUAAUUCUAUCCGAAACAACCAGAUCCUGCUGUUUCAACUCCAGAUGUAACGAACUUGAAGGGACCUCAGUAAAGUGCAGUAAAGGGUGGCAGGGUACUGUGAAGGGUAAAGUGUUUGCUAGUCUGAAAACCCAGGUUUGAAUCCCCACAUGGAAACUUUGUUGAAGCCAAUUCUUCUCAUGCCUGGAAUAUUGAAGAUAGUGUAAAAACGUACCCAUGUUUAUCUAAGUCACCCUUCACAUUGACAAACUGUGUUUUAUUCAAGUAAUUGUCCCAACUAUUGAAGUUUGUCUUAUCUGGAGUUGACUUUACAGUUCAGAUAGAAUACAGAAGUUACACCCAACCAGAAAUUGUUAGCAGCUGUAGUUGCUUUUUUUUACACAAAGGUUAGUUCCCUUCUCUCAGAGCUGGUUGACACUUCACAGUCCCAUUAGCGUUAGAAAUGUAUGCGAAAUAAAUAUGGUAUUUAUUAUAUUGUUUUGAAAUUCAAUCUGUCAAUCAUGAUGUUUGAUUACCCCAGUUCAUGGUUACGUCAAUGUUGUUAUUUCAUCAUAAAUCUUAUGCGUUUUUCGAAGUCAAAUUAAAGUAUAAAACGAAUAAGUGCGCAUCAAGAGGAAACAAUUGCCGAAAUCCAGCAGACUUGUAUUGUCUGUUAUUUAAGGAUAUAUUCUGAGUUCUUCAAAUGGCUCUUCCUGUUUUAUAAAAUGAUUUUCACCUGACGUUGUAAGGGAUCCUUUUGUUGUGAUGAUAUGGAUUAGUAGUGUAUAUUGUUUUACCUUUUGUUGCAUGAACAAUGAACAUGGGAUCAUAUUGUUACGCUGUUUGUUAUUCAGGUCAGACAAUGUCGCUGCUUUGUUAGCAGUUCUAUUGCAGUUGAAACAUGUUUUUGUAAUCAGUUAUGUAUGUUCAAGAAAUACAAUGAGAUUGAGAUAGUUUGCCAUUGUUUCCUUCGAUUUCAUUGGUGAUUAUAAAGAAAGUGAUGCUUCAGUAAUGGAUUUUUGCACUGAACUUGCUUUUAUUCUUAUUAGCAAAACAUCAGGCAUGUCUGCUUCAAGGAACGAAACAUUUCUUUGUUUGCAGCAGCACAUUUAUCCUUUCUGAAGAAAUCAUGCAGUGUUCUUGAACGUCAUUGCUGAGUAAGAACAGAUUAAUGUCUAUCGUCAUAUUGAGACUCCAGGUUAUAUUGGUGGGUGUUAUACCUUGUGUCAGCUCAAUGCAACAUCAACAUGGCAUUGUAUUCUUGUAAUUAUGUUAUCUGUGUAUUUAUGCACAUCCUCGGUUGUCCAGUUCAUGAUGUGUCAAUUUUAUUUCCAUAAAUAUAUACGACAAUGCUAUUGUUCUUUAGUUCAGUUCUACUGUUAUUUCAUUAUUGGGGGCAGAAGGGUAGCCUAGUGGUUAAAGCGUUCGCUCGUCAUGCGAAACCCAUUUCUGGUGUUCCCUAGCUGUGAUAUAGCUUGAAUAUUGCUAAAAUCAGCGUAAGACUAAACUCUCACUCACUGACUCUUUCAUUAUUGAAACAAGCAUUUACUAACACUGUUGUACAUCACCUCCAAGUAAACUAGGGAUGCUAGAUAGUCUGGGACUUCACCCUAUCUUAGUACUAAGAACUUUGUCUCAUACUCAUCUUAUGCAAUUACAAGUGCACAGGGCUCAAUUGUAUGAGGUUCUAUUCAUGAACUUCUGUUUAGAUAUUCAUUUCAAAAGAUGGUUGAUUGCAAUCUCAUGAGUGAGAGAAAUUCUGUACCAUGUCUGUAACAAUGAAUGCAGUUGUGACAUCACUUUUGAAACGAAGCUUUUGGUGAGAAAAUAUGUCAGUAUUUCUAAUAGAAUGGCAGUAUAACACUGGACAAUGGAGGAUUUCAUACUAUGGUGUGAAGUGAUGUAGUCCUACACAUGCUUUGUUUAAUGCCAAGUUACCUAUCAUAAUCAGUCAUAAACUACCUAUUACUGUUGAACAUUUGUUUUGUACAUAUAACAUUUAAAUGGGGCAAUGCAAGCAAUUGUUGAAAGGCCAAAGUAGUAGUACAGUCGAUGUAGGUACUGUCAAUAUCAAAUGAUAUGUCUGAGAAACUAAUGUAGAUAAUGUCUGUUUAAAUAUAUAUAUACUUAAAUAUGCCAUCACAUGUAAAACAUUCAGAGAACGUUACUGUUGAAGGCAUCUGGUCUCAAAUCAGAAUACUUAAAAAGGUUUGGUCAUAAUAGUCCGGUGUACAUACUGUAGCCUGAAGCCACUUAACUGUGUGAUCCUUACCCCAAUAUGUGAUCCGUGACACCAACUGUCUGAUUGCUAAUGUGUGUUUCUGUGAAACUACUCAAAUGUGUGAUUCUAUCUUUCCUGUCUCUGUCAAUAUUCUUUUGUUUCACUUCACUCCAUACAAGUGUAGUUUGAGUACUGAAUUCAUUGACCCCAUCUUGGACAUAAUGAACACAUAAUUUCCUUGUUGAGACACUAGAUGGAUGCUGGAGCCUUUAAGGUAACAAUCUCUGUCUGUGUACUCUCCCAGGUUGUUCUUUGCUAGGAUAUAGUGAUGAAAACACUGAUUUUCCAGCAACUCAUUUGUAUAUAUUCAAAGAGCGAGGUAUUUAUUGAGCAAGAAAACAGGUAUCAAAUAUCCACGGUUGCUUUGGUUUGAUGUACUUUGUUUCCUCAUCAGCACUAAAGAUAAAGUUUGAAUAUUUUCAGAAUGAUUUGUUUUCUGAAUAAACUCCCAAUCAAUGUCUAAGCUGCUUAUCGUAUUGUCUCUUUCACUAAGCAAGACUUAUACAACCCCAAACCUUCCACUUCUGUGAAUUCUAUUUCAUUAUCGAUCUUGGUCGUUGGUAUAUAUAUUUUGUUAUUACCUGUAGUGUGCAAUUAGUGGUUUCUUUCCAAUUAUGGCUUUAACUUUUUGGUGAUACAGGUGUUUUUGGACUACCUGAGUUUAAGAACUGGCAUUAUUUGAUACUGUGUGACUUGGGAAAAUAACUGUUGAGAUGGUUACAUACUAGUCGUAAGAUGGGAAGUCUGUAUACCUGUAUGUGUAUACAUUAUAAUUCGGUCAAGAUAAAUACAUUUGCCAAUAUUUCACACAUCAGAAAAAUCCUUCUUGCUUUUUCCAUAACUUAUGCACAUAUAUAUAUAUAUCUUGCCAUUUUGAAUCAAAAUUGAUACACUCAGUUGCAUUUUUUUUUUUAGAACACUUUGUUCAGGAAGGACUUGAAUCCUGCUGUUAUGCACUCACAUCAGCCACACAGAUAUUCCUCAACCACAUCACCUGAGAAAACAAUAUUAAAUCACAAUGCAAAGUUUUGCCCACAAUAUACCAGAAACUAAACACUGAAGCAACUGCUCAGCAGCCACUUGUCCUGAUUGAAGUAAACGUCUGUAAGGAUUACACAUAUAUAUGUAUCUAAUUGCUCCCUAAUCAGUUGAAUACACUGCAAGUACAAAAUAUGCUAUGGACUAGUUAUUAUUAGACUCAUUGUGUAUGCAGGUGUUAAUGUACAUCAUCAUUUAUAAAUUCAGUUUCCAUUUAUAAAGUAAGACAUGUUACACAGGUCUUGGUGUAUGCCUUGUGAUGUCAAUUUGUGCCUGAUCAACAUGGAUCAAAUGUGAAGAUCCCAUGAGACUGGUUGUCAUCGUCAGUGGCAGGAACAUGGUGCCUCAGCUAACCUGCAGACAAUGAGCUGCUCCCGACCCAUGUCUCCUAUCAGUUAUUGUUUGUGUCUUGUGACGCAUUGUGUUGUUUUAUCAAAUGUCACUGGAUUAAUGGGGAGGACUUCAUAUAAUGCUAAUAAAAUCUUUCAAGAAAUAA